AUGGCCUCGCCUCACCGGCAACCCGCUGAUUUACCCAAUUCCCCGACAUCAGAAGUGGGAUUACGGGACCCGGAUCAACACCCGGAAGGCGCAGCGGGAGAUAACGUCGAGACAAAUCAUUGGAAGAAGAUGUUUGAAAUGCAAAGUAAAAAUAUGCUCGAACUUGUCCGGAAAUUGAAAGAGAUAAAUCCAACGCAACUAACAAAGAUGAACUUUCCCGAGUUUAAUCCGGAUAGUGGAGAAAUCGAUGCGCGAGCAUGGUGCAGGACCGUUGACCCUUGCCUCGAGGAACGACCUGUUCAAGGAAGUGCGUUAAUAAUAAGUUUAAGCAGCGCGUUGAAAGGUACCGCGUCCUCGUGGUUUACACAGGUGAACUAUUCGGGAAUGAAUUGGACACAGUUUAAGGAAAUUUUCCUGGCUCGAUACGACACGGUCGAGACUCCGGCCGCCGUGCUGAUCCGUGUAAAUAGCGGAAAGCCAAAGGACGGUGAGUGUUUACCUGCGUAUGCUGGUCGGUUAGUGACGUCACUGACAGCUCGUUGGCAGUCUAAGUCUGUGGAACAGAUCGCUGUCGCCACCGUGCUGGCACAUUGCGUUCAAAAUGAACCACGGUUGCAACGACUUGCAUAUACCACGGAUAUAAAUUCAAGGAGCGCUCUGCAGCAGGAAUUGAUGGCCAACGCUUACCGUAAAAGACAGGCUGCUCCCGAGAAUACGCAUCAAAAAUUUACUCCUAACAAAAAACAGAAAAUCACUUGUUACACUUGCGGCAAACUCGGGUAUAAGUCAGCAGACUGUUAUCAUCGUAAAACACACCCCAAAAAGUUUGGAACUGGACAAAGUGACCUCAAGGGCAGCAAUAACCAAGACAAGGGGUCCAUCACCUGCUUCAGAUGUGGUAGACCUGGUCACAUCUCCUCCCAAUGCAAAAGCGAUGCCUCAGCCGGACAUUCGAACGCUCCAACCAAACGACAGAUCAACGUAUGCACGGUUCAAGCCGCGAAGUCUGAACUGACCCAAUCGGGUGAGAAGUAUUUGUUUUGUUUUGACUCCGGAGCCGAAUGCUCGUUGAUAAGGGAAUCCAUAGCUAAUAAAUUUUCCGGUAGACGUGUUCAGUCACCAGUAACUCUUCUCGUUAUUGGAGAAUCUCGCGUGGCUACCAACUUGCAGGUUGUGUCUCGAGUCGUCAUUGACGAAUACAUAGUCGAAAUUCCUUUUCAUGUAGUACCAGACGAGUACCUUGCUCAUGAUAUUUUGAUCGGUCGCGAUUUGAUUGCACAAGGUUUUACGGCCGAGGUAUCGCGUGAUCAUUUUUGUCUAAAGAGAACCGCGGCUAUUAAUGUAUGCAAAGUAGGUAAAAGGGUCGAAAAUUUUGAAGAUAUAAACACCGAUUUGAUCGACCCCAACUGCACUGUUCAAAGACGACCAUAUCGUCGAAGUCCGGAGGAAAGAAAAAAGGAUGGUUCUAAUCGGCUAUGCGUAGAUUAUCGCGAACUCAAUCGUAACACGGUGCCUAAUAGAUGUCCACUACCCCUUAUAGAUGAUCAAGUACAACGGUUGAGUGAUGCUGUAUAUUUCACAACUCUGGACAUGGCAUCUGGCUUCCACCAGAUACCUAUUCAUAAGGACUCAGUCCAACGCACAGCUUUUGUUACCCCAGACGGCCACUAUGAAUACUUAUCUAUGCCUUUUGGCUCACGAAACGCUCCUUCAGUUUUCCAAAGAGCCAUCAACAAAUCACUCUCGGAACUUGUAAACACGUUUGCAGUCUGCUAUAUGGACGAUAUUAUGAUUCCAGCGAAUUCAGUAGAACAGUCGCUAGAAAGACUUGAGAUAGUACUAGAUAAACUCAGCAGUACGGGUUUUUCUCUGAACAAAAAGAAAUGUUCAUUUCUAAAGACGAGCGUUGACUAUCUGGGGUACCAAAUUACGGCAAACGAAAUACGACCUAACCCACAAAAAGUAAGAGCAUUAACGGAAUCCUCACCUCCGAGUACCGUUACGCAAGUUAGGCAGCUAGUAGGCCUUGCUUCAUAUUUUCGUCAAUUCAUCCCAAAAUUUUCCCAAUUCGCUUCCCCGCUGUAUAAACUGACCGCAGGAAAAGGGAAAAUAGAAUGGAAAACACAACACGAGGAAAUCCGUCAAAAGUUAAUUAAGAGCUCAACAAGUGAACCAGUCCUUACAAUAUUUAAUCCAAGUUACCCUAUUGAGCUGCACACGGAUGCUAGCGCAGAUGGGUAUGGAGCUGUACUCAUGCAGAGAGUCAAUGGCAAAUCACUCGUAGUCGCAUAUUAUAGUAAAAAAACGACUGAUGCGGAGUCACGUUACCAUUCAUAUGAAUUGGAAACUCUCAAAUUUCACGGUUGUUGA